AUGGCUGCAUAUGCAACUCCGGGCACUCAAAUUCUGCCUCCAAAGCCUCUUGUUCGUGUAUCUUGUGCACUGCCCAAAUCAAGCAUUGUUAAUUUCGGUAAUGAAACUAAAGGCACGCCAUGGACAAAGCUUAGAAGCUCGUCUUUCCUACCUGAAACACAAUCGUUCUCGAAAUUCCAUGAAAGAAAUCAGUCGAAACAUGAAAAGUGUCGUGUAAAAGCAAUGUCGGGAGCUAGCGAUAAACAGCCUUUGCCAGGGCUGCCUGUUGAUCUGAGAGGAAAAAGGGCAUUUAUUGCCGGUAUAGCUGAUGAUAAUGGGUACGGAUGGGCCAUUGCAAAAUCUCUAGCAGCUGCAGGUGCCGAAAUUCUCGUUGGUACUUGGGUUCCUGCACUGAAUAUCUUUGAGACCAGCUUACGGCGUGGAAAGUUCGAUGAAUCACGGGUGCUGCCAGAUGGUUCUCUAAUGGAAAUUACGAAAGUCUACCCAUUGGAUGCUGUUUAUGACUCUCCCGAGGAUGUUCCUGAAGAUGUCAAAACAAAUAAACGCUAUGCAGGAUCUUCAAAAUGGACUGUGAAGGAAGUUGCUGAAUCAGUAAAACAGGAUUUUGGCACGAUCGACAUUCUUGUUCAUUCGCUAGCCAAUGGUCCAGAGGUCAUUAAGCCUCUGCUGGAGACGUCUAGAAAUGGUUAUCUUGCAGCAAUCUCCGCAUCAAGCUAUUCCUUUGUUUCUCUCCUCAAACAUUUUCUUCCCAUCAUGAAUCCUGGCGGUGCGACAAUUUCUCUGACAUACAUCGCCUCCGAGAAAAUAAUACCCGGAUAUGGUGGUGGAAUGAGUUCAGCUAAAUCUGCUUUAGAGAGUGACACAAGGGUGCUUGCUUUUGAAGCUGGAAGAAAACAUAACAUUAGAGUCAACACCAUAUCCGCAGGCCCCUUAAGAAGCCGAGCUGCAAAAGCUAUUGGAUUUAUCGACAUGAUGAUCGACUACUCAUUGGAGAAUGCACCUCUGCAGAAGGAACUAACAGCUGAUGAGGUUGGAAAUGCUGCUGCUUUUCUAGCAUCACCACUAGCAUCGGCCAUCACUGGUGCAGUUGUUUAUGUCGAUAAUGGGCUUAAUGCAAUGGGAGUUGGUGUCGACAGCCCGGUCUUUGGGGACCUCGAUAUACCGAAAGCCCAGAAAAGUUAA